CUUUAUUUUGAGAUGAUCCCAACACUAAAAUCCAUAUGGAACUUGAAGAAUGGGAUAGUUCUUUUCUUCACUCCUUUGAUUUUUCUUCCACUCCCAGUGGUCAUCAACACAAAGGAGGCCAGCUGUGCCUAUGUGAUCAUACUGAUGGCAGUUUACUGGUGUACUGAGGCUCUUCCUUUAGCUGUCACUUCACUGCUACCUGCUGUCCUCUUCCCCAUGCUUGGCAUCAUGCAGUCCAAAAUGGUGUGUAUGCAAUACCUGAAGGACACUAACAUGUUGUUUGUGGGUGGACUGAUGGUCGCUGUGGCAGUUGAGCACUGGAACCUGCACAAACGCAUCGCCCUUAGAGUGCUUCUCAUUGUUGGGGUGCGUCCAGCACUCCUGAUGCUGGGCUUCAUGGGGGUGACAGCUUUCCUCUCCAUGUGGAUCAGUAACACGGCUACUACGGCCAUGAUGGUCCCCAUAGUGCAGGCUGUGCUGGAACAGCUGAACAAACAAGAGACAGAGUCGUCACAGACGACCUGCAGUGAGGAACGGCCCCUGGCCCCUGAGGUGGAAUACAAACAGACGGCAAAAGACAGAGACACAGAAGUGGUGCUACGCAUGCUGGAUGUCUCACCAGAGGCCAAACGAAAGGAAUCAGCAGAGAAGCGGCUCAUGGCUAAAGGAAUGACUCUGUGUGUGUGUUAUGCGGCCAGCGUUGGGGGAACGGCCACACUCACAGGCACUGGACCUAACCUAGUACUGAAGGGUCAGAUGAACCAAUUAUUUCCUGACAAUGGUGAUGUCAUCAACUUUGCCUCAUGGUUUGGGUUUGCCUUCCCCAACAUGAUCAUCAUGCUGACAAUAGCUUGGCUCUACCUUCAGUUCAUUUUCAUGGGAUUCAACAUUAGGAAGACAUGGGGAUGUGGAGCGGUAAAUUCAGAGAAGGAAAUAGCUGCCUAUAACGUGAUCCGGGAGCAGCAUCUUCAGCUGGGACCGAUGUGUUUUGGCGAACUCAGCGUUCUGGCUCUCUUCAGUUUGCUUGUAGCACUGUGGUUUACUCGAGAUCCUGGAUUUGUAAAAGGCUGGGCAACACACACCUUUAACACUGAAGCAGAAUAUGUGACAGAUGCUACAGUUGCAGUCUUCAUUGCCCUGUUGCUCUUCAUUCUGCCAUCAAAACCACCCCGCCUUUGCUGGUCAUCAACUGGCUCUGAAACUGACCCUCAACUCUCUUCUGCGCCCAGUCCAGCCCUGCUCUCCUGGAAAGUAGCUCAAAAGAAGUUACCCUGGAACAUAGUUUUGCUCCUAGGUGGAGGAUUUGCCCUUGCCAAAGGUAGCGAGGAGUCAGGUCUGUCCAGAUGGAUGGGAAACCAGUUGACUCCCCUACAUAGUAUCCCUCCCUGGGCCAUUGUUAUCAUCCUGUGCCUCUUGAUUGCCAUUUUCACUGAGUGUACCAGCAAUGUGGCCACAGCUACCUUAUUUCUUCCUGUCCUUGCUUCUAUGUCUCAGUCGGUUGGAAUCAACCCUCUUUACAUCAUGGUGCCAUGCACACUCAGUGCAUCCUUUGCAUUCAUGUUACCUGUGGCAACUCCACCAAACGCUAUAGUAUUUUCCUAUGGAUACCUCAGGGUUUCAGACAUGGCAAAAACUGGCAUGAUGAUGAAUAUCAUAGGGAUUUUCUGCAUCACCUUAUCCAUCAACACCUGGGGCAAGCCCAUGUUCAACCUAGACUCUUUCCCUGCAUGGGCCAACCAAACAGUAAUAUGACAGACAGUACAAGGCCAAACAAAAACCAGCAAGCUGUUUAUUUUCUUCACAUCAUUCUCAUAAAUGUCAUGGAUCAAAGCUGAAGCAGAGAGAAAAUGAAAUCUGCCAUGUCUUGCAGGACUAUUUUGCACACUCAUAAC